GCGCGGAAAACGGACGGACAUCCGCGCUGCAUCGUACAUAUAUAGUAUAUGCACGAUACAGCGCGGCUGUCCGUGCUGUAUCGUAAACGCAGAUGUCCGCCCUGUAUCAUGCAAAUAUAAUAUAUGCAUUUACUAUAUAUGCACGAUACAACGCGGAUGUCCCUCCUUGUUCCGCGCUCCGCUUGGAAGGUGAUUUCUGUUGCAAUGCGCUUUCACUUCCGCUUUUGAUGAUGUAUUGGCUCAGACGAUUCAUCGAUUUUUCGUUAGUUGCAGCCCUACUUUGGAGAGAGGCUUAUAGCCUGGCUCUUCCGUCUCUUAUCAUGGGAAAUGUUCACGCUAUGGGGAAUAACAUGGAGAAGCUUGAGACACUCGUCAGGAGCCAAAGUCUCUACCGGGAUUACAGAAACCAACAGGUGACGUCAUGAGGGACGCAUCAAGAGGGCUACACACUUCUACGGUCACACAUUUAGAGCAUUUUUAAAAGACAGCGACCACAAUAAAUGAGCACUAAAGAGCACAAUUUACGAUUUAAAUGCACAACUUAUGGCUUUAAAGGAUCAUUUCACUCGAAAUAUACUUUGAAUUUAAAAGGUUUAUUCAAGGAGUAUUCCACUUUCAUUUUGGCCCCAGUAAGUUUGCCUACUACUAUCCUUGUCCCCUUUCUUUUCACACUCUACAUUGCAGACUUCUCCCAUCACACCACAAACUGCCAUCUUCAGAAAGUCUCUGAUCACUCCGCCAUUGUUGGCCUCAUUACGGAAAGAGACGAGGAGUACAGAGAACUUAACCGGGACUUUGUGGACUGGUGCCUGCUGAAUUACCUCCAGAUCAACACAGUGAAAACCAAGUAACUGGUGGUGCACUUUAACAGGAACAGACAGACUUCUCCUUUACCAGUGAACAUCCAGGGGAUAUGGAGAUUGUGGACUCUUACAAGUACCUGAGUGUUCACUUAAACAAUAAACUGGACUGGACUAACACCAACCAAACCUGUAAGAAAGGUCAGAGCAGACUCUACCUACUCAGAAAACUGAGGUCCUUCAGGGUGCAGCACUGUAAACCCGGAUAAGUUCAUUGUACUUAAACCAUUUGCGUCAAGUGAUUGCCUCAAAUGGUUUAAGUUACUGACUGCAGAGAAACUUAAUUUGUUUAAGUAUAGUCAACUUAAAUGUACAAUAGGCAGAACUUAGUUAUACGUCAAAUACACUUAAAAAUUCUAGUUUUAUUAAAAUUCUGAAUAUAUUAAAAAAAUUAUAGUUGGGAUAAAAAAAAAUCCAAUUAAGUUCUUUUGUCAAUAACCACACAAUGCAGCACAUUUAAUUCAUUUUAUUGAAACUAGGGCUGGGACUUUAACGCGUUAAUUUCGAUCAAUUACUUACAGCGAAAAUAACGCAAUUAAUUGCACCCUCCUCAGUUCCCUCAUUUCUGGCACACCGGUAACUCUGAUGAACACUCCAGCCCAGUAGGUGGCGGUAAUGAACCUAAAGUCUGUUUGUAGCCAUGAAGAAGAAGCACAGGAAGCACUGAGUGAAGUCAGGCACUGGUGAACAGUGAAGGAAGAUGAGAUUGAGCUUGUUGGGCAGAAAUUUUCCUUUUAAAAAUCUUCCCGAUGGCAGCUUGGAUAAAAGCCUGGUUGUGUGCAAAUUGUACAACAAAGAGUUUUCUGAUCACUGCAGCACUUCUUUUUUUUUUUUUUGUCUGCAUUUGUUCUCAUUGUUUAACUCCACAAAAGAGGUGUCAACAUUGUAUGAGAUUGAUGCAUAUUUUAGUCUUGCAGCCAAAUAUUUUAAUAUUUAGUGCAUGUGUGUGACCAUCACCGGCCCUUCCUGAAAGCUAAGCAGACAUUCUUUAUUAGAAUUCCCUAUUAUAAGCCAGGGAGGGCAGUGCUACACCUCAGUGAUGUGUGGGGGAAACAAAGAAUGGACAGGAUGAACAGGGAUAGAAAAUAACAGGCGGUGCUAUUGCAAUUAAAGAUUGUAAGGUGGUGUGUUAUUCCCAACUACUAACUGUCCAUCAAUAACAAAAAAUUUGAAAAAAGAAAAGAAAACCAAACCAACACAAAAGAAAAAGAGAUUCAGUAAAUAAAUAAUUAAACAAACGGUACUGAGCACCAUAAUUGUGGAUGUCUUGAUAGUAUAGAAUAGAAUAGAAUAGGCCAGAAGAGGAUACUAGUGCAAGAGAGAAUGAGUUUAGGGUAGAGACUCUGGAGAGAUUCUCAGCACAUUCUGGCGGGUCCCAUCAUACGCUGAAAUGGGACUCGGCAGUAGCUGGCGAGACCUGAUGAAACAUGCAAGUGUGAAGAUCCCUGAAGCCCAGAACAGCAAUGACGGCAAGGCAGGGCCAAGCCAACAGGGCACCCCUCCUCCCCCGGCCGUAGCAGCCACAGGGCGGGACCCCCAGAGAGCCACCGGGGCCACCGUGAACGACGCAAACCCGGAGAACAAGAGGGAGCAGCUACCGACACCCCCAGCGCGCCAAGACCGACCCAGGCGGCCCGGGGCACGAGGACCCACCCACCACCCAAACCCCAACCCCACCCACCCCAGCCCCCGUGAUGCAUUAAAAAGAAAUUACAGGACUUCCUGUUUCCGGCAGUGACAUGUGGUAGGAGACAAAGAGACUCUAUAAAACCAACUAAAAGGCUCUUUAAAUAUAACAAGAUAUUACGAAGAAAGUUAAAUCGAUGAAAACGCGUCAAGGUGGGAGAAAGAAAAAGUGUUCGAAGAUGAAAGAAGCCAGUGAAGAGCCGCAGUUGACGGUGGAAAGUCAGUCGCCGCCGCGACAUGAGUUCGACUUGCUGGGAGAAAUACGGUCACUCAGGCAAGAACACAAACAAGCCGCGAUUGAAAAUAAGCAGGGACUGGCACGUGUGGAGAAAAGUAUUGGCGAGGUCAUAACACGAUUGUCUGUGGUUGAAACAAGAAUUUCGGAGGUAGAGGACCGUGUGGGACAAACAGAGGACCGAACCACACAAUUAGAGAGAGUUGUGAUUUCUCUUCUUCAAAACCAGGACAAACUGAUGGUUAAGUGUAAUGACCUGGAGGCACGAGCGAGGCGCAAAAACAUCAGGAUACACGGUGUGCCCGAGGGAUCAGAAAAGGAUGAUGUGGUGGGGUUUGUAAAGGAUCUGAUUUCCACCAAACUAAAACUACAAAAUGUGCUGGAUGUGGACAUCGAGAGAGCGCACCGCGUGGGCAGCGUGGCGCAGAGAAGGUCCAGCUCAAGACCCACGGUUGCACCAAGAGCAAUUAUUGUGCGCUUUUGGAACUAUCGAGUGAAAGAAAGCGUCAUCCAAAUGGCGUGGAAACACAAGACCAUAUACAACGGGCAAGAAAUCUAUUUCAAUCUGGAUUAUACGGCGGAAACUCAAAAGCAAAGGAUACGGGUACGUGAUGUCAUCAAGCAACUGAGACAGAGAGGCGUGAAAGCGCAGAUGAGAUACCCAGCCCAACUGAAGAUCCUGGGAGACAACGGGAAUGGGACAAAGACAUUUGCACGACUUAAGGACGCAACAGAAAGGUUAAGAGAGCUGGACAUUAUUAUAGAAGAAGAGGACGAGACAGAAAAGUUAAAGGAAGAACUGAGCCUGAGCUGGAAGACUGUGAAGGGCCAUAAAUAGCCCAAACGCAGAAUGAACUACAAACAGUAGGUCCUGUGUGUCGGCAUACGAGCUUAAUGUGACCUUUCUCCCACCAAGACGAGGUAACUUUAAGUUGACCAUAUGGAGUACAUAUGUGUAAAGUAUAGAGCCAUAUAGAUAUUUCUAUGAUUGUUGGCUAAGGUAUACAAAAAGUUGGUUGCAGAGUCUAAUUACUGCUGCUCUAAUUGAGUACUAGGCAACUAUAACUAAGUAAAAGUUGCAAGUGCACUUCGUGCAAUCCUCUGUUUAUUAGAGGAUUUUUUUCCUUUGGAAGUUAAUAAAGGGAACUAAAAGCAGACACUUUUAUUUUUUGUAUUUACUUUUUUGUUUUUGUUUUUUAAGUAGUAAGUUAAUUUUCUAUUUGUGAUUUGUUGAUAUGGAAAAACAUAUUUUACUUUGUGUUGGGGAUAAAUGUAGAAUAGGAUAUACUGUCAGUGCUUUGUACAAAAGAAGGUGGAUAGGUUAAAAAUAUUUUCUUAUAAUGUCCAUGGUUUGAACAACCCAAUUAAAAAAAAGAAGAUUCUCACACAGUUAAAAAGAUUAAACUGCUCCAUAGCACUAAUACAAGAGACGCAUUUGGGAGAUGAAGAGCAUAUAAAAUUGCAAAGAGAUUGGGUAAAAGAAGUAUAUUAUUCAUCAUACGGAAAAAGA